CUAAUUACUGGAACAAAAAUGAAGACAGAUACAACAGGAGAGGGAAGGUGUGUUGCUGCUGCAGCCUUUCUUCCAGCCUUGUCUUAAUCCAUCAUUUGGAUGUUUGUCACUGGACCAGCUGAGGAUCUGCAGAUCUUCAUUCUGAGCUGAGGGAGGAGGAGAGAAGCGGCGAGGAUGGAGAAGAUUCUCCUGAGCAUCAUCUCUGCAGCAGGACUGUGUGCCAUUCUCUGUCAUGCUGAGCGUCGGUUUCAUUUUGUUUAUGAGGAGAAGAACAUGGCCGAGGCUCGGAGCUACUGCAGAGAGAAAUACACAGACCUGGCCACCAUAGACCACAUGAACAACAUGAAGAUCCUGAAUGACAUGGCAGAUUUGAACAGAAUGGUCGACAAAAUGACUCCAGUAAAGAUUCUGAGGACUUUUUCCACCACUGAAGCUGAAGAAACCAUCAAAUUUUGCAUUCAGAAUGCCUGGAUCGGUCUGUACGACGACGUGAACAGUUGGAGGUGGUCACUGACAAACACAAGUUGCUACAAACCUGGAGAAAGCGAAUUCAGAAACUGGAAACCUGGACAACCUAGUAACUAUGUCAGCAGACAGCACUGUGUGGUCAUGGAACAAACUGGACUGUGGAUUGAUAAAUGGUGCAAGACCCUCUAUCAGCCAGUCUGCAGUGACGUUACAGGGUCCAAUGUGACAUUUGUCCUCGCCCCCACCGCCAUGUCAUGGUCUGAUGCUGUGAUCUACUGCAGAGAACACCACACUGACCUGGCCAGUGUGAGGAACAUGGAGGAGAACCAGAAGAUAAAAGAGCAGGCAUCAGGACUAAAUGUCUGGAUUGGCCUCUCCAGGGAGUCCUGGAAGUGGGUGGAUGGAAGUAGAUCCACAUUUAGGUACUGGGGAAGUACUGAACCCAACAACUACUAUGGGAAUGAGAUGUGUGUGGCAGCUAACUUUGGAAACUCUGGCAAAUGGGGGGACUGGCCAUGCCACAACAAGAGAGCAUUCAUCUGCUACAGCGCCCUAACAGCCUCCAAACAAGUGGUCAAGGUGAGGCUGGUGAAGCAGAGCUCCUCUCUGGAUCUGAACGACCCUGCCGUGCUGGAGGACAUCCUGAAGGAGCUCAGACAGAAUCUGAGGGAUCAAGGGGUGACACAGGACGUCAGACUGAGCUGGAGGAAGCAGGCGGACGGAAAGGUGUUUCACAAAGAGAAGAAGAAGGAGAAGAAGAGAAAACCUGAGCUCUAGUCUCCUUUAAGAGUUUUAUGCUUACCACAGAACAGUUUUCCAUUCUGCCUCAGUCCAUUUUAAAUGAGCUUUGGCAUUGUUUCUGGAUUCUGUGAGACUCUGCCUCUCUAAAAUGCUCCUUUUA